AUGAGGCCGCCGCUGGCGAAGCCGCCGCCGGCGGCCAGCCCGCGCCGCCGCCGGCUCCCGCAGCCCCUGUCCCCGGUGGCGGGCUUGCUCCUGCUCGUGCUGGCCAGCAUGGCCUCCUUGUGGACCGCCGCCGCCGCCGCCGCCGCCGCCGCCGCCGCCGCCGCCGCCGCCGCCACAGCCGACACGCCCGCCCCGGGCCUCAUCUACUACCAGCGGGGCUAUGCUCCGCUGAAGGCCGACGGGUAUGGCAGUGUGGAGCAAAUCCACCUCCAGGGCCUGGCGGUGUCCCCUCGCGCCGAGGCCCAGGGAUACAUCAGCUUCAGCCGGCAGGAUGGCCUCGACCUGGACGUGCACCCGGACACGCGCCUCGGGGCCUUCCUGCCGCCCAACACCUCCGGCAUGUACAUCCCCCACCCGCAGCCGGUUAACGUGGAGUUCUUCUUCCCGCAGGCCCUGCUGCCGCGGUACGACGCGCUGACGCUCGUGGCGGCCGGGCAGCUGCAGCUCUACCCGGCGGCCGUGCGGCCGGCCACCCCGCCGCCGGUGGGCUUCACCCUGCCCGGGGUGGUCGGCCUGCUGGCCGGCUUGCACCUGGACGCCAGCCGGACGGCUCUGCUGGUGCGCACGGACGCCGGCACCCUGGCCCACGUUCUGCUGGAUGGCAGCCAGGCCUCGGUCACCAUGCUGGAAGACCCGGCCCCCCAGCAGGUCCACAUCGCCCACGGCCUCGGGCCGGUCUUCCAUGUGGUGCAGGAUGGCAAGUACUCGCGCGUGGGCGCCGCGUCCGGGCUGCAGGAGUCCAUCCCCGGCUCGGUCGGCCAGGGGUCCCUGCGGCAGGUGCUGGCCACGCGGGCGGUCACCAGCGACCCGACCCGGCAGGACCUGAUCCUGCUGCAGGCCAAUGGCACGGUGCACAUUUGCCCGAACCAGAUUGCCGGCGACCGGUGCACCAGCCCCAGCCUGAGCAUCUCCCUGCCGGCCGGGGUGGCGGCCGGCGGCCGGCUGCUCAAUCCCCCGGUCCUGGGCCUGGCCCAGCCCCUGGGCUACAUCCUGUACCAUGAUACUGCCAGCAACCGGGUGUGGCGCUUUGACCUGGGCCCCGGGGCCACGGCCGUCACCCACACCCGCCGGGUGGUGCUCUACUUCGACCCGGGCUACAUCGAGCCGACCAACCUGCGCAUGCUGGCCUUCCGCGGCCCGGACGGCACGCCGGCCUGGCACCUGGUCGACGACCACCGGGUCCACUUCACGCCGGAGGCCUUCCAGUGCCAGAGCGACCGGUCGAUUGUCUGUGCCACCGAGGGCACCCCCCUGGCGCGGGGGUGGUCCUGCAUCGCCGGGCACGCGGUCACGCCCCUCAGCGAGAGUGGGCUCUUCUGCGGGGGCUGCACCACGUCCAUGACCACGGCGCUGCACCCGCUGGAAGAGGCCCAUUGCGAGCGGUGCGCCCUAUCCGGCUGCCGGGUGUGCACGCCGGAGCACUGCCUCGUGUGCGCCCCCCGGGAGAGCCUCCUCGUGGACCUGGUCACCGGCGUGCCGGCGUGCGUGGCCCAGUGCCCGGCCGGGUGGCGCCAUUCCGGGGCCUUCUGCCGGCCCGAGGACCCGGGGCCGCAGCUCCGCCUGGACUGGCAGCCGGUCGAGGUCACCCACCCGGCCACGGUCACCCCGGGGGCCAUCACCGGCAUCGGGGCCACGCGCAUGGUGCCCGAUGCGGCCGGGGCCCUGGUCAUGGCCAUGCCGGAGGCGGGCCAGGCCGAGCCGGCCCCCGGCCCCCGGGCCCGGCCGCUGAUCUUCCACCAGCAGAAUGCCGUCCUGUGGAUGGCCGAGCAGCCGGAUGGGUCGCUGGCUGGCCAGCCGGUGACCGGGGUGCCGGUCGCCGGCCAGGUGACCGGCAUGCUGGAGCUGGAGCUGCCCGACCGGCACAAUGGCUGGCCGGUGCUCGGGCUGUUCCUGUGUGUGGACGGCAAGACGGCCCAGGUGACGGUGGCCCGGUGCGAGGCCGCCAUCGCCCCGGCCCCGGGGGCCAGGUGCCCGCCCACCUAUGAGACCCUGCUGGCGGAGAAUUACUCCGAGUGCCACUUCCAGCGCCUGGCCCCGGCGGCGGUCAGCAUCCUCAGCCCGGGCAUCGUGCGGGUUGCCUCGUUCGACUCGUCGGCCCGGCUGCGCCUGCAGUAUUGGAACCGCCAGGCCACGCACCCGGCCUCCCUGGACCCGGCGGCCGCCGAGCCGUACCUCAUCAUGGCCGGCCAGCAGCGGACAUUCAUCCAGCCGGCCGCCAUGGACUACGGCGACCCCCGCCAGGCGGCCCUGCCGGAUGCCAGCAGCGGCGAGCCCCUGCUCAAGGCCCUGCCGGUGAGCAUGCCCGGGCCCGGGCCCGGCCGGGCCGAGCUCGUCGUCACGCGCUUCGCCACCGACCCCACCGAGGCCCUGUGGGUGGCCGUGCACUUCCCCCGGGGGAUGGCCCUGCAUGGGAAGACCGCCGGGCUGGAUGGCAAUGAGCAGGUGCUGGCCCGGCUGCCGGCCGCGUGGGUCCCCUCCAACGGCCGGCCCCGGGUCCUGGCCCUGGACCUGCACAUGGCCGACUUCCCCAGUGCCCUGGUGCUGGUGCUGAAGGAUGCGGUGGCCGUGGCGCCGAUGCACUGCCCGGCGGCCGGCGGCGGCCUGUGCUGGCUGCAGGAGGCCAUCACCCUACCGGUCCCCGGGGAGGCGGGGCUCUUCGCGCCCCCGGGCGAGGCGGCCCUCGUCCCGGUGGCCGGGCCCCCCGGCCCGGGGAAGGUCUUUUCUCUGCUGCUGCACCAGCCCCGGGGCCAGGUCCUCCGGCUGGACGCCCGGCUGCCGACCUGCCCCGAGGGGACGCACGCCACGCCGGCCGGCUGCCGGGCCUGCGACCGGACAUGCGCCGCAUGCCAGGCCCCGGGGCCCAGCCAAUGCACCGCCUGCCCGCCGGGCGACCGGCUGCAGGAUGGCCAGUGCGUGCCCCGGUGCCCGGCCGGCCAGUACUACCAGGCCGAUGGGUCCGGCUCCGACUACACCUGCCACGCGUGCCACGCCUCCUGCCACCGGUGCACCGGGCCCGGGGCGCACCAGUGCACCGUCUGCCGGGCCGACUGGCUGCGCACCGAGGAGGACCUGUGCGUGAGCCAGUGCCCGGCCGGGGGCUUCGGCUGCCCGGCCACCGGGCGCUGCGCCCCCUGCUCGGCCCACUGCACCGAGUGCGCCCUGGCCGCCGUGCACCCGGGCGGCUGCACCUCCGCCUGCGGCGCCUGCGCAAAGGGCUGGCUGCUGGCCGACGCCACCAAGACCUGCGAGUCGGCCUGCCCGCCGGGGGAGUUCCUGCCCGCGGCGGCCGGGGCCACCGCCUGCAAGCCCUGCGACCCGGCCUGCCGCACGUGCCACCAGAGCGCCGACUUCUGCACCGCCUGCCCGGGGGAGGCGGCCCUGCACCCCGCGGCCGGCCAGUGCCAGCACCAGUGCACCCCGGGCCGCCAGAUGCCGGUGGACAUGCUGCACGAGGGGACCCCCGGCCGGGAGCCGGCGUGCGUGGCGUGCCCGGAAAAUUGCGCCCAGUGCCCCACGGCCGGGGCCACGUGCGUCCGCCGGGCCGACGGGGCCAUCGACUGCCCGGACAUCCGGACGUGCGGCCGCUGCGCCGCCGAGGCCCUCCUGCUCCAGGGCCAGCAGUGUGUCUUCGAGUGCCCGGAGGAGGGGUUCUUCGCCGACCGCGAUGGCCAGCACGGCCCGGUGCCCUCGUGCGUGGCCUGCCACGCCGAGUGCGCCGCCUCCUGCUCCGGCCCCGGCCGCGACCAGUGCAUCAUGCCGCGCACGGGCGCCGGCCGCGCCGUCGGCCUCGGCAUCGGCCUGACCCUGCUCUGCCUGCUGCUCGUCGGCGGCGCGGUCGCCGUCUUCCUCAACCGUGGCCGGCUCUUCGGGGCCGGCCCCGCCAAGGUGCGCUUCCUGCGCCGGCCGCGCCCGGCCUGCCUGCCUGCCUGGCUGCGACUUUGA